GACCUCCUGAAAAAGGCGGCCCGGGGAAAGUCCGGGCAGAGCCGGAGCAGCGGCCAGGGCAUCGCUGGGUUGUGGACCCGUACUUCCCACCCGAGACCUCUCACUGAGCCCGAGCCGCGCGCGACAUGAGCCACGGGAAGGGAACCGACAUGCUCCCGGAGAUCGCCGCCGCCGUAGGCUUCCUCUCCAGCCUCCUGAGGACCCGGGGCCGCGUGAGCGAGCAGCAGCUUAAGGUCUUUAGCGGGGCGCUCCAGGAGGCACUCACAGAGCACUACAAACACCACUGGUUUCCUGAAAAGCCGUCCAAGGGCUCCGGCUACCGCUGCAUUCGCAUCAACCACAAGAUGGACCCCAUCAUCAGCAGGGUGGCCAGCCAGAUCGGACUCAGCCAGCCCCAGCUGCACCAGCUGCUGCCCAGCGAGCUGACCCUGUGGGUGGACCCCUAUGAGGUGUCCUACCGCAUUGGGGAGGACGGCUCCAUCUGCGUCUUGUACGAGGAGGCCCCAGUGGCCGCCUCCUGUGGGCUCCUCACCUGCAAGAACCAAGUGCUGCUGGGCCGGAGCAGCCCCUCCAAGAACUACGUGAUGGCGGUCUCCAGCUAGACCCCUCUGCACCCGCCCUGGGCGCUGCCGUGCUCAUGCUGCCGUGACAACAGACCACCACAUACCUCAACCUGGGGAACUGUAUUUUUAAAUGAAGAGCUAUUUAUAUAUAUAUUAUUUUUUUUUUUUUAAGAAAAGAGGAGGAAAAAAACCAAAAGAUUUUUUUUAAGAAAAAAAAUCCUUCAAGGGAGCUGCUUGGAAGUGGCCUCCCCAGGUGCCUUUGGAGAGAACUGUUGUGUGUGCUUGAGUCUGUGAGCCAGUGUCUGCCUAUAGGAGGGGGAGCCGUUAGGGGGUAGACCUAGCCAAGGUGAAGUGGGAGACAUUUGGCUAGCACCCCAGGAAGGUGGGAGAGGGAGCGAGCAAGAUUAGCAACUGUGAACAGAGAGGUUGGGAUUUGCCCUGGGGGAGGAAGAGAGGCCAAGUUCAGAACUCUCUGUCUCCCCCAGCCAGACACCUGCAUCCCUGGCUCCUCUAUUACUCAGGGGCAUUCAUGCCUGGACUUAAAUAAUACUAUGUUAUCUUUUCUUUUUCUUUUUAAUUAUACUUUAUAUUUCUUUUAGUUUUCUAAUGAGGUCCUGGGCAGAGAGUGAAAAGGGCCUCUCCUGAUUCCUACUGUCCUAAGCAGCUUUUCUUGACAUCAUGACUUGUUUCUAAUUCAACCCUCAGGGGCCUAUAGAUGUUGCUUUCCAGCCAGGAAUCUAAAGCUUUGGGGGUGUUUUGUUUUGUUUCUGAGGGGGGAGGAGGGAACUGGAAGUUACUGGGGUUAGGAUGGAAGGGAACUCUGCACAAAACCUUUGCUUUGCUAGUGCUGCUUUGUGUGUAUGUGUGGCAAAUAAUUUGGGGGUGAUUUGCAAUGGAAUUUUGGGACCCAAAGCGUAUCCACUGGGGAUGUUUUUUGGCCAAACUCUUCUUUUUGGAACCACAUGGAAGUCUUGUUGCUGCUGCCAUGAUCCCUUUGAGAGGUGGCUCAAAAGCUACAGGGAACUCCAGGUCCUCUAUUACUGCCUUCUUUUCAAAAGCACAACUCUCCUCUAACCCUCUCCUCCCUCUUCCCUUCUGGUCGGGUCAUGGAGCUACCCUAUUUUCUAGGACAAGAGUUCUCAUUCACUGUGCAAUAUGCCCCCUGGGUCCCAGGAGGGUCUGGAGGAAAACUGGCUCUCAGAACCUUCUGAUGCCCUGGUGGGCUCAGGGAACCAUCUCUCCUGCUCUCCUUGGGAUGAUGGCUGGCUGGUCAGCCUUGCAUGUAUUCCUUGGCUGAAUGGGAGCGUGCCCCAUGUUCUGCAAGACUACUUGGUAUUCUUGCAGGGCUGACACUAAAUAAAAGCCAAACCUUGGGCACUGUUUUUUUCUCCCUGGUGCUCAGAGCAUCUGUGGGAAAGGUUGCUGUCUCUCUCCGUACAAUCCACAUUUGUCGUAGACUUGUGCAAUAUUUACUGUUGUGGGUUGGAGAAAAGUGGAAAGCUACACUGGGAAGAAACUCCCUUCCUUCAAUUUCUCAGUGACAUUGAUGAGGGGUCCUCAAAAGACCUCGAGUUUCCCAAACCGAAUCACCUUAAGGACAGGGCUAGGGCAUUUGGCCAGGACGGCCACCCUCCUGCUGUUGCCCCUUAGUGAGGAAUCUUCCCCCACUUCCUCUACCCCCAGGUUCCCCUCCCCAUAGCCAGUCCCCUUUCCUGGAUUUCUUAACUGCUCAAUUUUGACUCAAAGGUGCUAUUUACCAAACACUCUCCCUACCCAUUCCUGCCAGCUCUGCCUCCUUUUCAACUCUCCACAUUUUGUAUUGCCUUCCCAGACCCUGCUUCCAGACUUUAUUGCUUUAAAGUUCACUUUGGGCCCACAGACCCAAGAGCUAAUUUUCUGGCUUGUGGGUUGAAACAAAGCUGUGAAUCACUGCAGGCUGUGUUCUUGCAUCUUGUCUGCAAACAGGUCCCUGCCUUUUUAGAAGCAGCCCCAUGGUCUCAUGCUUAAUCUUGUCUCUCUUCUCUUCUUUAUGAUGUUCACUUUGAAAACAAUGAAACCCCCGAGCUGGACUGUUGAGCAGGCCUGUCUCUCCUAUUAAGUAAAAAUAAAUAAUAGUAGUAUGUUUGUAAGCUAUUCUGACAGAAAAGACAAAGGUUACUCAUUGUAUGAUAGUGUUUUUAUAUGGAAGAAUGUACAGCUUAUGGACAAAUGUACACCUUUUUGUUACUUUAAUAAAAACGUAGCAGGAUAAA